AUGUAUCAGAUGGACAAUUUGGAAUGUAUGCAAUGGCGAUCUUUAUCAUAUAAUGAUGCUUGUACUAAUAAAUGUGAUAUUCCUGGUAUGAUUUGUGAUAAUAAUCAAUGCAAAUGUAAUUCAAAAAGUCGACUUUUCUGGACAGGCGCUCGAUGUACUCCAUGUCCAAAUGAUUGGACAAUGACUGAAACAGAAUGUAUUGGUUUGUAUGAAACAUUCUUUUCACGCGAAAACGCAAAAUCAAUAUGUGAAACUAAGAAAGCUGAUUUAAUUAGUUUUCGUGAUCGAAAUAUACUUCCACUUAUAUAUAAUAUAACUAGUAAAAGUACUCUGUCUGUAAAUAAAGGUCUUCGUGUAUGGACAAGUGCAACUGCAGUACAUUUGAAUGGAUUGGGUUCAUAUCAAUGGCUUGAUAAAACUCAACAUACUUUUACUAGUGCAAGCAAUUGGUGGUGUAAAAAAGAUUCAUUUAUUGGUUAUGAAUAUAUAUAUAAUGAACCAACAAGAUUUAAUCAUACAGGUGCAGAAGAAGAAUGUGUCGCUUAUUGGAUUGGUUUGACAAAGGAUGCAAAUCCGACUGAAACAGUUUGUUUGGAUGAUCAACGAUGCGAUCAAGCAUAUCCAUUUAUGUGUGAACAAACUGAAGCUACAGCUCUACAACAUAUAGGACCUGCACCGAUAGUAACUAAUGUUAUCACUGCAUCUACUAGUACUAAAAAUAAUGAUGCAAAUGUAUUGGAAUCAAUCCAAUCUCCUAGAAAAACAAUUGAAGAUAAUCGUAUUUUUAAUAAUCCAACUGUACCGAACAAUAUUGUGGUUAAACAACAACAGGCAAAUAAACGAGCUGGUUAUAACAAACAACAAUUCGAUGAAUUUGAUUAA